AUGUAUAUAGAUUCAACACGGAUUAAGGUUGCCAAUCCCGUGGUUGAGCUAGAUGGUGACGAAAUGGCUCGUGUAUUAUGGGAAAAGAUCCGAGAAGAGCUAAUCCUACCAUAUGUGGAGGUAGAAAGGAAGUACUUUGAUCUUGGCUUACCAAAUCGUGAUAAGACAGACGAUCUAGUCACAGUUCAAGCUGCUGAUGCUAUCGCGAAAUAUAAUAUUGGUAUUAAGUGUGCUACUAUUACGCCUGACGAAAAUCGAGUUCAAGAAUUUGGUUUAAAAGCAAUGUGGCGUAGUCCCAAUGGUACAAUACGUAACAUUCUUGGAGGAACCGUAUUUAGAGAACCAAUUAUAUGUCAAUCUAUUCCGCGAUUAGUUCCUGGGUGGAAGAAAUCAAUUAUUGUGGGUAGACAUGCCUUUGGUGACCAGGCAACAACAGAUAUUAAGAUUAAUGGCAAAGGAACAUUAAAAUUGAUAUUUGUACCCGAUGAUGGAGAUAAAUCACAAGAACAAUCAGUUGAUAUUUACAAAUUUGAGGAACCUGGUGUUGCUCUGGGAAUGUACAACACUGAUAAGUCUAUUACAGAAUUUGCCCAUAGCUGUUUUCAAUAUGCGUUGCUUAAACAACAGCCACUUUAUUUAAGCACGAAAAACACAAUUCUCAAGACAUAUGACGGAAGAUUUAAAGACAUUUUUCAAGAUAUUUACACAAAUGAUUACAAGUCAAAGUUUGAAGAAGCAAAUCUUUUCUAUGAGCACAGACUGAUCGAUGAUAUGGUUGCACAAGUCAUGAAAUCUUCAGGUGGUUUCAUUUGGGCUGCUAAAAAUUACGAUGGAGAUGUCCAAUCAGACCUAUUAGCGCAAGGCUUUGGAUCGUUGGGCUUAAUGACAAGUGUACUGCUGUGUCCUGAUGGGAAGACAGCCUUAGCUGAAGCUGCUCAUGGUACCGUAACACGUCACUAUCGUCAGCACAUAAAAGGUCACGAAACGAGUACAAAUCCCAUUGCCACCAUUUUUGCUUGGACAAGGGGUUUGAUAUCCCGGGCCAAACUAGAUGGCAAUAAGGACCUUGAACGCUUUGGUAAUCUUUUGGAGAAAGUUUGUAUUGAUUCUGUUGAUAGUGGACAAAUGACGAAAGACUUAGCAGGGGCAAUUCAUGGAAUGCAGAAUGUGACGAGAGAACAUUACUUGAAUACUUCUGAAUUCUUGGAUGCUAUAAGAAACAAUUUAAAGAAAGCUCUGUCCUGA